CAAAAUAUUGGAUCUUGUUUCCAGUUAAAUUGAAGCCGGCAGAAGUACAAUAAUUGCAUGUAGUGUCGUUUCGGUAUAUCAGCGCCAUUUUGGCUGCUGUUCGUGCUACGGGCAUGCAAGACUACAUACACAAAUAAACGCCUAAGGUGUUGUGAGGUUGUUUUUUAACUUAAUUAGCAGUAUAGACGUACUGAAAAUACAAUUAUUUACGUUACUUCCUCAAAGCAAAAGCGCGUUAAUGAUUGAUCAUUGGGAGGUAGAUGGGGACCUAGUGACCUUGGAGGAAGAGCUCGGAGAGGGUGCCUUUGGUAAGGUAUACAAGGGAGUCCUCAGAGAGCUAACCACGCCCUCACGGAAAAUGUUCAUGAUGUCUCCAAUGAAGUCGAUUCGUAAAAGUGAAGUCAAGCAGACUGGCGGAUUCACUGUGGCGGUGAAAAUGUUACACGGUAUGGCAGACGGUGACCAAAGAAGAGAAUUUCUUAAGGAAAUUCAACUCAUGAAGACCGUGGGAUCACACAAGAAUAUUGUUAACAUGCUGGGAUGUUGUACGAUGCAAGAACCAAUGUUCCUACUGGUUGAAUAUAUUCCGUACGGUGAUCUUUUACAUUACCUCCGAAAACGGCGAGGAAAGGUAAAAGUAACAAAUGUAUAUCAACUAUCUCAAAUUCACUUGACUAGCGCUACAUCCAUUGGACUUGAGACAGCCCUGAAGGGACACGGUCACCAUCAACCAUCUUCACACCAUUUCGUCAUCUCAGGCGUAUUGCACGGCGAGAGAGUUGGCUAUCGGGUUAUUCCCGUAUACCAACAUGACUGGAUUCAAGGAAUUGCAGUUCUUGGGAAUGCGACUGCACCUGAAGAUGAAGCCGGUGACGAGAGAGAUGAAAGCGAGGAGACCCUUACUCCAGGAGAUCUUAUGGCAUUUGCCUGGCAAAUAAGCCAAGGAAUGGAGUACCUAGCGAGGAAAGGCUUCGUGCACCGUGAUUUAGCAGCCCGAAACGUUCUCAUUGGUGAGCACAAGACCGCAAAAGUGGCGGAUUUUGGCCUGACUCGCCACGUGUAUGAAGAGAAAGUUUAUCAUGCAAAGAGCAACAGAAGACUUCCAUUAAAAUGGAUGUCAAUCGAAGCCAUCUUUGACCAAACGUUCACAACUCAAAGCGACGUUUGGGCUUUUGGAGUUCUUUUGUGGGAGUUGGUCACAUUAGGUGGAACUCCAUACCCGACAAUAAACAACAGAGAGUUACUUCGCCUCCUAAAGGGGAGUCAUCGAAUGGAAAAACCAGAUGUCUGUAAUGAUGAAAUGUAA